AUGAUGAAGAAAAAGAAGUUUAAGUUUAAGGUGGACUUCGAGCUCGAGGAGCUCUCCUCCGUGCCCUUCGUCAAUGGGGUCCUCUUCUGCAAGAUGCGGCUGCUGGACGGCGGAAGCUUCACCGCCGAGUCCUCCAGGGAGGUGGUGCAAGCAAACUGUGUUCAUUGGAGGAAGAAGUUCUCAUUUAUGUGCAAAAUGAGUGCAAGUGCCACUACAGGCAUCCUAGAUCCUUGUAUCUACAGAGUGUCUGUGAGGAAGGAAUUAAAAGGUGGGAAAGCUUAUGCAAAGCUGGGCUUUGCAGAUCUAAACCUGGCAGAGUUUGCUGGGUCAGGAAAUACUACUCGUCGCUGUUUACUGGAAGGCUAUGAUACCAAAAAUACAAGACAGGAUAAUUCCAUUCUUAAAGUUUGGAUCAGUAUGCAGCUGAUGUCUGGUGACCCAUGUUUUAAAACGCCUCCCUCUACAUCAAUGUCUAUACCAAUUGCUGGUGAAUCUGAAUCUCUGCAAGAAGAUAGAAAAGGUGGAGAGACUCUCAAAGUCCAUCUUGGAAUAGCAGAUCUUUCAGCAAAGAGUGCCUCUGUUCCAGAUGUACUUGGUGCCUGUGGACAUUCUAGAACAUCAAGCUAUGCAAGCCAGCAGUCAAAAGUAUCAGGGUAUAGUACAUGUCACUCCCGGUCAUCUAGUUUCUCUGAGCUGUGCCACAGGAGAAAUACCUCAGUGGGAAGUACAUCAACAGGAAUUGAAAGUAUUCUAGAGCCAUGUGAUGAAAUUGAGCAAAAAACAGCUGAACCAUAUCUUGAUACAUCUGAUAAAGAAGAUGCAGCCUUGGAAAAAAUCAACAGAUGUCCAGUGAAACAAGAUUCUGUCGAAUCUCAGCUGAAGCGAGUUGAUGACACCAGAGUGGAUGCAGAUGAUAUUGUGGAGAAAAUAUUACAAAGUCAAGACUUCAGCCUAGAUUCCAGUGCAGAAGAAGAAGGACUGAGAUUAUUUGUGGGUCCUGGAGGAAGUACAACCUUUGGCAGUCAUCAUCUUCCAAAUAGGGUGGGGUCUGGAGCUUAUGAACAAGUUGUGAUCAAACGCUAGAAGUCAAACUGGUGAACUAAAGUUUCCUUGUGGAUUUAAGAUGUAGGCAAUUAAUAUAUCAAGGCAUUUUAUUCAAGCACUUAAGAAAAAGUGAACUAAAAAAAAUGAAGUUUUCUAUCAAGAGGAAAACCAAAUGCUGAUUUCUUCUUUGAAAGCAAUCACCACUUACCAAAAGGGAACAUAAGAAUGGUGGUCUCCAGGCUGGGUGCCAGUGUGUGCCUUUGAAGUACCUGGCUUCUGUGGUCACUGCACAUGAUAAUGAAAA